AUGUUUGCAGCUGCAAGCAAAAAGAAUCCACAAAGUCGGAAGUACUCAGACGGCUGGGUGGUUCUUCGUAUGCUGAUUCACAUGAGAUCUCCAUCUGCUUAUCGAAUGUUACGAGACAACAAAAUAUUACCUCUGCUCUGUACAAGAUGUAUUAGAAGAUAUCUAGCUCUUAUCGACCCUCCAUGCGGGUUUGAUCCUCGUUUUUUAAAAGUUUUAGAGAAAUAUUUCGAAAACAACCCAGAAGCUCAACGUGACGGUCUACUAAUUAUGGACGAAAUGAAGAUACGACAGGGUUUGCUUUUGGACAACUCAAAUAUGAUUUACAGGGGUUGA